AUGGCACUUUCUUCCUCCUGUGGAUCAGACGCGCUCUUAGCGAUUCUCUCGCACUCAAGAUCCGAAGCUUGCAAUCGAGUUCUUCUCAGGGACUUGGCCAACAGAGAACUCAAUGCUUUCCUUUGGUUUUCCCUCAUCGGGGUCACCGCUUUCCUGCUCAGCAGGGUUGUUAAGCUGCUCUGCUUAUGGGCCAAGGCCAGGUCAAUUCCUGGGCCUCCAUGUCCCUCUUUCUACGGCCACUGCAAGCUCAUUUCCCGCGAAAAUUUUACUGAAGUGUUGUCGGAUUUGCACAAGAAAUAUGGGUCUGUUGUCAAGUUGUGGUUGGGUCCUACAAAGCUUUUAGUGUCAAUAAAGGAUCCAACUCUCAUCAAAGAGAUGCUACUAAAGGCUGCUGAUAAAUUGCCUUUGACUGGGAGGGCUUUCCAUUUGCCCUUUGGAAGGUCAAGUCUCUUUGCUUCCCCUUUUGAGAAGGCGCAAAAGGGAAGGGAAGCAUUAUUCACAGAAUUAAUUGGAAAGUUUCCUGAGAGAGAAAAUGUGGUUUGUACAAAAGUUGUGGACUGUAUCUUGGAGAGGAUACGGAAUUUUAUGGCUAAAGGCAGCGCUGACAGUAAAAUGGUUUCUCAACAUAUGGCUUUUACCAUGUUAGGAGCCACGCUCUUUGGAGAUGAAUUUUUGGCUUGGUCCAAGGCAACUGUAUAUGAGGAGCUCUUUAUGAUGAUUGCUAAAGAUGCUUGUCUCUGGAGUUCUUAUAAUGUUACGCCGUUUUGGAAGCAUGGAUUUUGGAAGUACCAGUCUCUAUGCACAAAGUUGAAAUGCUUAACGCAAGAUAUUAUUCGACAGUGCAAAAAGAACUACAUGCUGUUUGGUCAUAUGGAUCAUAAUCUACAUGGUGAAACAGAAAUUUUGGGAAAGGAGAUUGCAUCUGAUGGACCAUCUUGCUCUGAAGUUGUGAUAGUAGAUGCCUUAUUCUUUCAGGAGCUUAAUGGCCAUCUUAAUGCAACGGAAGAGGAACCAUGCGGGAAUCUUAUGAGGAUUAUGUUCCAUGGAUGCCUUACCACAGCUCGUUUGAUUAAUAAUAUUUUGGUGAGCCUUGGUAUGCAUCCACAGAUACAGGAUAAGAUCUACUCAGAGAUAACCAUGGCACGAAAUGGUUCAAUUAAAAAAGACCAACUGAAUGUUGAUAAGAUGCUCUUAUUAUUGGCAACUGUUUACGAAUCUGCUCGUCUUGUGUCAGCUGGAUCUUUGCUACAGAGAUGUUCUCUCAAACACGACUUGAAUCUUAAAAGUGGUGUAACCAUACCAGCUGGAGCAGGACUGGCUGUGCCUAUACAGCUGGUACAGAUGGAUGAUUGCAGUUGGGGAAGUGGUGAUAAUGAAUUUAAUCCAUAUCGCUUUUUAUCCAAGCCUGGAAAGGGAUCUGAUAUUAUGCUCAAUAAAUCAGUUUCAGGGGCUGCUGAAAACAUUGUGAAUCCUGGACAGAGCUCCUUCAGUUUGAAUGAUCCAAAUGCAAAUACGGCCUUUCUUCCCUUUGGCUAUGGCUUACGUGCUUGUAUUGGCGAGAAAUUUGUACUCAAUGGAGUGGCCACAUUAUUUGCAUCAUUGCUUGAACACUAUGAGAUAAAGCUCCAGGGAGCAGCUGAGGGUAACCCCAAACCGAACAACUCUGUGUUUGAGCAUCUUUCUAGUUCACAGAUAGUUUUUGUAAAAAGGAACAGCUGA